CAAUGAUUACAGAAUACAAUAGCUCAAAGUUCAGCAAGGGCCUGUGAACUGAUGCACUUUUGUGAAAUAUAGUUACAUUACAGUGCAAAAAAAGAAGCCAUGAGCUCCAAAACACUGACAGUUGCAGCUCGUUUACUCCGUCGUUGCUUCCACAAACCUAGUCGUGUUUUUCAAGUGGAUCCGGUGCGACUAUACUAUGCGUCCCCGCAGGUGGUUACGGGAUCAGCAGUUCGUACCGUGGACCUCCGCAGCGACACAGUCACCAAACCCGGAGCAGCCAUGCGCCAAGCCAUGGCAGAGGCAGAGGUUGGAGACGAUGUGCUCGGAGAAGACCCUACAGUUAAUGAACUACAGAAAUUUGCUGCUGAUAUGUUUGGCAUGGAAGCAGCUUUGUAUGUCCCCACAGGAACAAUGAGUAACCUGAUUGCAGUUAUGGUGCACUGCAGAGAAAGAGGUGAUGAGAUGAUAGUUGGUGAUCUCUCUCAUAUUCAUAUUUACGAGCAAGGAGGAAGUGCACAGCUUGCAGGCGUUCAUUCUGCAACAGUCACUACCCUUGGUGACGGGACCUUUGACCUAGACCAGCUGAUCUCCAAGAUCCGUCACGGUUAUCCUAACUCACACUACCCACGCUCCCGCCUGAUUUGUGUGGAAAACACGCACAAUGUACAGGGAGGCCGCGUCCUCCCACUGUCCUUCCUGCAGGAGCUUCGCUCUGUGGCUGAUAAGUUUGGGUUGGCUGUGCAUAUGGAUGGAGCGAGGGUGAUGAACGCAGCUGUGGCUCUGGGCGUCCAACCCUCUGUUAUACUGCAGCACUGCCACUCUGUCAGUGUGUGUCUGUCCAAGGGACUCGGGGCACCUGUGGGCACCAUGCUAGGUGGGUCAAAAGAUUUCAUACAGAGAGCGGUACGUGCCCGCAAGGCACUUGGCGGCGGAAUGCGCCAGUUGGGUGUCUUGGCAGCAGCUGGUAAGAUUGCCCUGUCAGACAUGAUUGGCAGACUGGAGGAGGACCACAGGAACACCAGAAGCUUUGCUCAAGGAUUGUUACAGUGUGACCCUCCUCUGUACCAGGUGGAUCAGACCACUGUGGAAACCAACAUUGUGAGGUUCCGUCUGCGGGACUCACAGAUGAGCCCAGCAGAGUUCUGUGAGCGGAUGGCAGGCGUGGAUGAAGAAGAGGUGAAAGCUCUGGGCCAGGGGGUCCAGGUUCUGAUGUUCCCUCACUUUGGUGGCUCUGUCAGAGCUGUGUGGCAUUUGGACAUCAGCGAGGAAGACACUCAGCUGGCUAUACUGAAGGCUCAGUUUGUGGCCCAACAGCAUAAACGCAAUUCUGUGAGGGCAGCAUGAAAAGAGCUCAUAACCAAUCUUUAAAACAGUCUUUUGGUCUCAGGAACUAUUUUAAAACUGCAAAGGGAAGCACAAUUAUAUUCACUACUUUGCACUCC